UAAUUUUCAGAAGGAUCAAGCGGUUGUCGAUUGUUUUAGGUUAUAGUAUCACCUGACAAUUAAAAAUUUAUUUCUUUUAUUUUAAAGAAAUUUUAAGGCUUCGUCUCGAUUUUUGUCGAGAUUAAAAGCAAGUGGAAGCAUUCAUGUGUUUGUUAAUUAAUAAGUGAAGAGUUAAUUUCAUUAAAUUUCGUUCAAAAUGAGUAGAAGAAGACCCCACGAUGAUGACGAUGGAUAUGAACGCGUUUACAAGAAAAGAAGACGAGUAUCGGAGAAUCAGGAGAUAGAGGAUCGUCUCGAGUCACUAAUUCUGAGAGUAGGCGAGAAGUCAACGUCAUCACUUGAGAGUAAUUUAGAAGGAUUGGCCUCUGUUCUCGAGGCUGAUUUAGGAUUAUUUCGCAGUAAAAUUCUACGAAUUCUCACCGACUGUGCGAUAAAGAUGCCUGAGAAGUGUACAAUUUACACGACCCUAGUGGGUCUGUUGAACGCAAAGAAUUUCAAUUUCGGAGGUGAAUUCGUCGAUUAUAUGGUGAAAAAUUUCAAGGACGCCUUGAAGACUGGCAAAUGGAAUGUGGCGAGAUAUUCACUGAGAUUUUUGGCCGAUCUGGUGAAUUGUCACGUACUGUCCUGCGGUUCAUUGAUGCAAUUAUUCGACAGUAUGUUGGACGCUGCGAAUGAGGACAGCGUGCCGCAGGUGAGACGCGAUUGGUACGUUUUUGCAGUUCUCUCAACAUUGCCCUGGGUGGGACGUGAGCUCUACGAGAAAAAGGAGCAGGAAUUGGAUCAUCUUAUGGUGACAAUCGAAGUGUUUUUGAAUAAACGCAGCAAGAAGCAUCAACCGGCUCUUAGAAUUUGGUCCAGUGAUACGCCACAUCCACAGGAAGAGUACUUGGAUUGCCUGUGGGCGCAGGUGAGAAAAUUACGACAGGAUAAUUGGGCCGAGAAGCAUAUCCCACGACCUUAUCUUGCAUUCGAUUCGAUUUUGUGCGAAGCACUUCAACAUAAUUUGCCAACGCUUAUUCCACCGCCACAUCAUGAAUCCUACGUUUAUCCUCUGCCGAACGUCGUGUUUCGAAUGUUCGACUACACCGAUUGUCCCGCUGAGGGACCACUUUUACCCGGAAGUCAUGCAAUCGAGAGAUUUUUAAUUGAGGAACACUUGAGACAGAUUAUUGAUAAUUACUUCUUUGAACGGAAAGACUGCGCUGCUCAUUUGUUGAAUUUUCCCUAUAAAUUGAAAAUCCCUUUGGACUAUUGCAUUGUGGAGGUGAUGUUUGGCGAAUUGUUUCGUUUACCAACGCCGAAGCACUUGGAAAUUGCUUAUGGUUCGAUUUUGAUUGAACUUUGUAAACUACAACCAUCGACAAUGCCACAAGUUUUGGCGCAAGCGACGGAGAUUUUAUUCCGACGAAUUGACAGUAUGGCUGCGACGGCUUUCGAUCGAUUUGUUUGGUGGUUCGCUUAUCAUUUGAGCAAUUUUCAAUUCCGCUGGUCUUGGGAGGAUUGGGACUCGUGCCUACAACGUGAGACUGAACAUCCUCGACCGAAAUUCAUUCAGGAGGUGCUUCAAAAAGCUUUACGAUUAUCGUAUUAUCAGAGAAUUCGUGAUAUGAUGCCCGAGACGUAUGCCAGUUUGAUUCCAGAGCAUCCGGAGCCGAUUUAUAAAUACUCUGCGGAAGGUGCAAGCGCACUUCCGGGAACGACAACCGCUCACGAACUUGUAAUGUCGAUCAGAAGAAAAUGUACUCCGGAAGAAGUUUUGACUGUGUUGAACACUCUGCCAGGAACAGGAGACGACGAAACAUUUAAUCCGCUGAAAAUUGACGUUUUUGUUCAAACUUUACUAAAUCUGGGCUCGAAAAGUUUCAGUCACAGUUUCGCGGCAAUUGGCAAAUUUCACUAUGUGUUCAAAGUCCUGGCUGAAACAGAAGAAGCACAAAUUUGCAUUCUGCGAAAUAUGUUCGCUCUUUGGCGAAAUCAUCAUCAAAUGAUGGUGGUGUUGACUGACAAAUUAUUGAAAACAGGCAUCAUUGAAUGUAGCGCAAUUGCCAAUUGGAUAUUUUCCAAGGAAAUGCCUUCAGAGUUUACCAAACUCUACAUUUGGGAAGUUUUACAUUUGACAAUAUUGAAAAAGAAUAAGCACGUUAUUAAAUUGACGAAGGAAUUGAGUGAGACACGUGAGAAAUUACGAAGAGCCGAGAGUAGAUCUGGAUCAUCGUCAGAGGACGAGGAGAAUAAAGAGAAGAGCGGAGAAAGACCUUCUGAAGAUGUCGUCGAACGAAUGGAGGAAAAACUUGAAGCUGCACAAGCUGAUCAAAAAAAUCUCUUUCUCAUUAUUUUCCAACGUUUCAUAAUGAUUCUCUCAGAGCAUUUGGUGCGUUGCGACACUGACGGCGUUGAUUACAAUACACAUUGGUAUCGUUGGACUGUUGGACGUCUUCAACAAGUGUUUUUAUUGCAUCACGAACAAGUGCAAAAAUAUUCGUCAACUUUGGAAACAUUACUUUUCACAUCAGAUCUCGAUCCCCAUAUACUUGAUGUUUUCCAUCAAUUUGUUUCGCUACGUGCGUAAAAAAGAAAACUCCUCUGAAAAUCAACAUACAAGUAUCGAAUUAUAAUUUCGCUACUUUCGUUGUAAUUGACUCGUUUUUAAUGCAAUGUUUAAAAUGUAAAGUGAAUAGGUAUCACUUUAUUGAUGAGACAUCAAAAUAUUGAUAUUUUCUUUGAUUAUAAUUAUUUUUAAAUAAUAAUUUUCUUUUAAAAAUAAUUCUGAACGAAAGCAUCACGUGAAAUUACUCUAAAUAUUUACAUUAUCGAGAAUAGAUUAUUUAUUUUCAAUUAUAUGUGAAGUUAAAAAGUUUUUAACUUUAAUUUUCAUAUUAAAAGAAAAAAAAAGAGUGCGUGUGUGUUGGGGGAAAAGAAUGGAAUAUACAUUUUCUAAUUUAGAAAAAAAAGGUUUAAUAUUAAGGAAUGAAAAUUUGAUUCUUCAGAUUAUUGUUUAAGAAGCUUUUCUACUCCACUUGUCAAUGUUGCCUUAAAAAUGUAACAAGAUGUCGAGAGUAUGUAACAUUCUAAAGAUUAGGUAGAGAACAAAAAUAAUUUACAUACCUAUAAAUCGUACGUUUUGAAUAAUAUUCAAUUUUGACAAAUUGUGAUUUUGAUAUUGAAAUCAUAAUUUCUUUUUGUUCCCUACUUCAUCUGUACAUAUUUAUUUUUAUGUGCAUAUGUGUAUAUAAAUAUUUCUUUGUGCAUAAAAUCUUCCUGAUAUAUUGAAAUUUA